UUUUUUCUUAAAUGAACCCGGGCCUCUUUGUCAACAGACAACCAAUCCUCUCUUCUCUCAUCUAGCCACCACCGCCACCAGCAACUAUCCACCUUUCGUCCACCCUUCUAUACCACGACCCCACUGUUCGUCGCAAUCGGCCCCUCCCGUCGCUGUCACGACGCAGACACUCUCUUAAGAGAGCCGGGCCUUCAAGUCACCGUGACGACAAGUCAGCAGUACUACUCUACUAUCGACUUCGCCGCACAGCUUAUCCAUUCGACAAGGCUACCAUUGUCUACCCAAUUCCCACCAUCGAUAAAGGGAUCACAGACUGACCAGCAAAAGCAUCAAUCGACUGUUUCCGGUUUUUUGCGAGUCAUCUAUCAAUCUUAACCUUUGCUCCAUCUUCUCGCAAGACAACAUGAGCGCCAACACGUCUUCGACGCAGCAGCGCCACAAGCACCUCCUCGGUCACCGCAUCGCAGAUGGAAGGCUAGAGCUUGUCUCGAUCCUUGGUCUGGGUGCAUACGGUGUCGUUUACCUGGCACGAGACCUGACGCACCCGCUACACAAGGGCCCUUUUGCUUCCACCUCGACAUCAAAUUUGCCGCACGAUGUCGCCUCGCGGCAUGGAGGCGCGGCGAGCGGCUAUUAUGCCGUCAAGUGUCUCAACAAGGUCGGACUCGAUGACCGACAGCGACGCUUUCAACGGAGGGAGAUUUUCUUGCACACCAUGGUCACCAGCCAUCCAUCAGUUGUGUCCCUCUUUCGAGUCAUCGACAACAAGGACGACCCGUGCAUCUAUGUCAUCCUCGACUACUGCCCGGACGGGGACUUGUUCAGCAUGAUCACCGAGAAUCAACGGUAUAUGGUGCCAAUGCCAGACCCCAAUGCCGACAUUGACGCCGACUUCGACGAGACGUACCAGAUUGCCAGGGCAGACAUGGACGUUGUCGUCAAAGACGUCUUCAGUCAGAUUCUCGAUGCGGUCAGCACCUGCCACGCUCAAGGCAUCUACCACCGUGAUCUCAAACCAGAGAACGUCCUAUGUCUCCAAGGGGGAGCCAAAGUGGUUCUGGCAGAUUUUGGACUCGCGACUCACGAGAAGAGGAGCAACGACUUUGGGUGUGGUAGCACCUUCUACAUGGGACCUGAGUGUCAGGGAGGGAUCUCAACAAAUCUGGCCGACUACGACACCGCAGCCAACGAUGUUUGGUCCCUCGGAGUAAUCCUUGUCAAUCUCAUCUGCGGUCGCAACCCAUGGAAGCAGGCGACCAUGUCCGACGAGACGUUCCGCGAGUAUCUUCGCAACCCAGACUUUCUCCUCGACAUUCUCCCGAUUUCCAAGCAGACGAACUCGAUAUUAAAGCGUGUCUUCACCGUGCGAGAGGAAUGGCGAUGCAGCAUCGACGAGCUGAAGAGCAUGGUCAUGUCCGUCAAAAGCUUCACUGCCAGCAACGCAGAGCAAGGAGACCGGCAGCGCAUUGCUCGGCAUGCCGCCAUUCGGCAACGUGACGAAGCGCAGAAAGCUCGCCAGGCGGCACUGGCUGCUCGAAGAGAGGCAGAGGCACGCCAUGGUAUCGAGCUGCACUUUCAGCAGCAACUGCAGCAGCCAGUCUCCGUCAACGGCGUCUCGCACAUGGAUGAUGACAACGAUGGAGGAGAGGGCUUCGAGGAGUACGACGAUGAGGAAGAAGAAGACGAGGAAGAGGAGUUUGGUAGCGCAGGAGCACACAGUCAAGAACAUGAUUGGACACACCGUGGCUACGCUGCACCGCCACCACCACAGGCAGUUCUACCCGCUCCCGCUCAAGUUGCAUGGGAUCAUGCAAAAGCCGUACUGAUUCAAGGUCAAGCAGAGCGUGUGCAAAGACAAGACAGUGGCUCUUCGACGCCAAAUCUUCACGACAGCCAGGUCAAGGUGUUCUCGCCCUCGUCUUCUGUUACCUCGGACAUGAGUAGCUUGCCCACGUCACCGUCAGAGAGUGAGAGCGACAUGACACAAGACAGUGUAUCCAGUCGAAGCGGUAGCGGGGAGUCGAGCGAGAGCCGGAGAAGCUCUGUGUCCUACACUGGCCUUCCUCCGACGCCUCAACUAAUGCCCCGUCAUGCAUUUGCUCAAGUCGUCGAUGCUUCACCGCAAAGCCAGCACCGUCAUCAUACUCAAGCUCAAGGUCACCAGCAGCAAACAUCUCAAGCGCACGACAUGGACGUUGAGUUUGGCCUUCAGGCUUUGACCAUACGCAAGAAGGUCACGGGGCCAGGAUACAGCUUCGACGAUAGUCAUCAGCACCCCGACGUAGUUGAUGACAGUGCCAGGCUUCUCUACGAUCAAAAACGUCACCCUGCCGAUGUUUUCGAGCCAUGUCAGUUCACUGCCGGUCACCUCAAUGCAGUGGCUUCGAUCAACACGGCCUCUUCCCGGUUCAGCACCUUGCCCUCACGUCGCGCUGCGCCCACCACCGAGCUUCUGCCUUCGCAAGAAGCCAGCCAGGGCAAUUCGAAGCGCAGUCGAAAGUACAACUACAACAGCUCACCAGCGACUGCAUCUUCUAUCUUCAAUACCACCGCUUGAGCGUUUCAAGCCAACUUCUCGUGCAAGGCGCAAUAAUGUCGCUUAUAUGUAUCAUUCAGCCACACCACCCUCGACGGUUCCACCACUCCCUCUCACCAUCAUCGGACAAUAUUUCUGUACAGGUCUCUGGGUCACCGUCGACGACUUGUUCUCUUUGUUGAUCUAUCCUUGUGUAUUUCGCAAGUCCUUUUCGCACUUUUGUAUUACAGAUCUUCGUAUUCGUCUUGUCUACUCUCUCCGUCUCAAUCCUGCCGUACAGCAGGAUGGAUUUUACCCCUCAGCCGAAU